AUGUUCUCAUUCAAGCUAUCUCUUCUUCACUCCCUCAUCCUUGCUGUCUGCUUGGCAUUCUUUACUCAUCGGCUCACCAAGAAACCCUCCAAAUGUCCAGUAUCGGUUAAUUACCACUUCACCCGACAGUGCAACAAGAGCUGUGGCUUCUGCUUUCACACUGCAUCCACAUCUCACGUCGAAAAGAUCGAAGAUACUAAGCGCGGACUCUCCCUGCUCAAAGCAGCCGGUAUGAGAAAGAUCAACUUCGCCGGUGGAGAGCCCUUCCUGGAUAAGUCCCGUCUCGGACAAAUGAUAGACUACUGCAAAGAUGUCCUACACCUGGAAUCCGUCUCGAUUGUCACCAAUGGCAGCCUGGUCACAAGGAAAUUCCUCGCGAAGCAUGGUCACCAUAUCGACAUUCUUGCUAUUUCCUGUGACUCGUUCAACGAGGCUACAAAUAUCGCAAUUGGUCGAGGAUCAGGCGAUCAUGUGUCAAAGCUGUAUGAAAUUCGUGGCCUCUGUCUUGAAUACGGUAUUAAAUUUAAGAUCAAUACUGUGGUCUGCCGGCUGAACUUCCAGGAGGAUAUGAACCCCUACAUUGAAGACCUGCAACCAUUCCGAUGGAAGUGUUUCCAGGUGUUGAUCGUUAAUGGCGAGAACGAAUCCGAUAAGCGACUUCGAGAUGCCCGAAAGUUUCUCAUCAACGACGAGGAGUUUGAAUUUUUCUGCAACGCUCAUCGCCAUCAAAUAUCCUUUGUGCCUGAGUCAAACGCCCUCAUGGCGAAGUCUUAUCUCAUCUUGGAUGAAUACAUGCGGUUUCUGGAUCGAGAUGGUCGUCAGCCGUCGCCUUCUAUCUUGGAAGUGGGGGUAGACAAAGCACUUGAGUGUGUGUAUUGGGAUGAAGCGAGCUUCAAGGCUAGAGGAGGGGAGUAUGAAUGGACGAGAGAUCAGGGCUCCUGUUCGGAGAAACACAAGGAUCUUGAGUGGUAA